AUGCGUGAAUUAGAUCCUUUGGUGGGCGAGUACCAACACGACAAGCAUCGGCCGAGGGAAUCGGAGGCUCUUCUCAUCCUUCGGAAAAUCGCAUCCUUGGUAAAACCGAUUAUGCGCCGACGAUCUUGGAGAGUUGGGACACUUUGCGAGUUCUAUCCCCAUCAGAGGAACCUCCUCGGCCUCAACGUCAACGGCGGGGAGAAGAUCUGCCUACGCCUCCGGCAUGCGGGUGAUCAGACUCAGUUUAUGCCACUCGACCAAGUAGUAGACACUAUGCUACACGAGCUGUGCCAUAUUGUACAUGGGCCACAUAACCAACAGUUCCAUGCCCUUUGGAACCAACUUCGUGAUGAACAUACAGAACUUGCAAUCAAAGGUUACACCGGCGAAGGCUUUCUAUCACAUGGAAGGCGCUUGGGAGGUGCAAAAAUACCCAUCGACGAGGCGCGUAGGCAAGCUCGAGCCGCUGCAGAGCGGAGGCGAACGCUUCACGCCGGAUCGGGACAGAGAGUAGGAGGGACAGGUCCUGCGCGAGGUGCCGACAUGCGAAAGGUCAUAGCUGAUGCAGCGCAAAGACGCAUUGAGGUGACCCAGGGUUGCGCCUCUGGAGCAGACAACUCCGCUGAGCUGGCAGAGGAAGCCUCCAGGAAUGGCUUCCGAACAAAGGCAGAAGAAGAGGAUGCAAACGAGCAAGCGAUCAUGCAGGUCUACAUUGAUUUAAUUGAGGAAGAAGAAAGGGAAAAGUACGGUCCAUCAUAUAUCCCUCCCAGCCAGGGUAACCCAGCAGGACCUCGGACGACCCUCACGCCUCCACCGGUUCCUGAACAUACCAGGCCGAUCGUGCCAGUCUACGAUCAAGACCCAGUCGACCUCACCGCGGAUGAUAGCUCAUAUGCAGACUCUUGGAAAUGUCCAAUAUGCACCCUAGACAAUCCACCGAACUUUCUAUGUUGCGAUGCGUGUGCAUCAGAGCGUCCUCGCCCCGCCAAUUAUCGGUCCGCUUCUGGUCCUCCCAGCACAACAAGCUCUAGCUCUACAACCACACAAACCAAGAACAAAAGUAUUAUAAAUCGCACAGUUGGGCAAAGGUCUUUUAAGAACCGAAAAAGUGCCGUUGAAUCGCUCUCCGGCCUGGAGAAAAACGCCCAGACGAAGCCGCUGGGUUGGCUAUGCAAUUCCUGCAGUAGCUUUAUGGAGACAGAGUGGUGGACAUGCUCAAAUUGCGGUAGGAUGAAGGAUGCAUCAUAA